UGUACAUCACUGACACCACCCCUGUUCAUUACACUCUGACAGUGAACAUCAACAAUCAAAUCCACCCCUGCUGAACGGACAGGAGCGUCACACUGUCUUUAACAUGAUGUUAGUGAUCUGCUUAUUCUGCUUCUUCUAUCUGCCGUGGAUUAAGGGUGCCUCUCACUCCAAACAGGUCGUCCAAACACCUCUUUCCAUCAUUAAGAGAAUUCGUGAAUCUGUGGACAGUGAGAUCGGCUGCUCGCACAGCAUAACAAAUUACGACCUCAUCCUGUGGUACAAACAGGAAGGACAACGAGCUCUGAAGCUUCUGGGAUAUCUGAACAUGAAGUUCGUAAAUCUCGAGGACAGUGCAAAAGGAAAAAUCAGCUUCGACGGAGAUGGCGAAAAACAAUCCAAACUUUCGAUCUUUAAUCUUUCAUUAAGCGACAGUGGUCUAAUUGAUGGCAGCGAUAUCACCCAGACUCCUGUGCUGUGGGUGGACAAGGGUAACCAUGCCACAAUGGACUGCAACCACACUAAGGGCAGUACAUUUCGGCUGAUGUACUGGUUCCAACAGCUGCCAGGGGAGACAAUGAAGCAAAUAGUUUUGACAACUGCGUACAGCGAUCCUGAAUAUGAAGGCGGCUUCAGCAAGGACAAAUUUCCAACAAAGAAGAGCGAUACUGAGACUGGAUCUUUGACUGUGGAGAAGGUGGAGCCUGGGGACAGUGGAGUGUAUUUUUGUGCUGUGAGCGUACACAGUGAUGUGGGUGACUCUGACAGCUGCACAAAUACCCAACUGCGUGUGUGUAACAGCGAACAGAAGACAACAAUCCUUUUAGUGGAGGAAACUAUAUACAAAUGGCUAAAAUUAUCUUAAGUCAGAGACAGAAAAAAUAAAGCCCUAACUUUUAACUUUUUGUUUAGAUUUAUUUCAUAUAAUUUUUUCUUGUGCAAUAGUGGAUUAUUUUGCUAGCUUAUUUCUCCCUGUGCAUGCCAGUCUUAAAAAAGAUUCAAAUAAAUAAUAGCAGUUGUUACAACCGUGUUUCUUGAGAGCCAAGAAAAUGAAAUUUCAUUUUAUUUUCAUCAUAUUAAAGUUCUGUUUUA